AUGGAAUUUUACAGCUCGGAAUACUUGGAGCAGUUGGCGAAUGAAGCCGAGGAGCUCCGAAAGAAGUUGGAUCAGGAGAGACAUAAACUCAAUGACAUUCCAAUCCAACAAGCCGCCGAACGGCUCGACGUGAUGGGAAUCCUUGGUGUUAAGCAACGCCGGAUUUUGAAGGGACACGUUGGAAAGGUGCUAUGUAUGGAUUGGUCGUUGGAUAAGAGACAUAUUGUGUCGUCUUCCCAGGACGGAAAAGUGAUCGUGUGGGACGGAUUCACCACGAACAAGGAGCACGCGUUGACGAUGCCAACCACUUGGGUGAUGGCGUGCGCCUUCUCGCCGUCGAGUCAAAUGAUCGCUUGCGGAGGCCUCGACAACAAGUGCAGCGUGGUCCCAUUGUCUUUCGAGGACGACAUCAUCCAGAAGAAGCGUCAAGUGGCCACCCACACCUCGUACAUGUCAUGCUGCACAUUCCUCCGCUCCGACAAUCUCAUUUUGACUGGAAGCGGGGAUUCGACUUGCGCCAUUUGGGAUGUGGAGAGUGGACAGUUGAUUCAGAACUUCCACGGCCACACCGGCGACGUCUUCGCCAUCGACGUGCCCAAAUGCGACACCGGCAACACGUUCAUCUCAGCCGGUGCCGAUAAGCACUCUUUAGUCUGGGACAUUCGUUCGGGACAGUGUGUCCAAUCGUUCGAAGGACACGAAGCAGACAUCAAUACAGUUAGAUUCCAUCCGAAUGGCGAUGCGUUUGCCACCGGGUCAGAUGACGCUACGUGCCGCCUAUUUGAUCUACGCGCCGAUCGACAAGUUUGUGUCUACGAGAAGGAGUCGAUAUUGUUCCCUGUCAACGGAGUGGAUUUCAGUUUGAGUGGUCGCAUUCUAUUCGCGGGUUACGGUGACUACCGUGUCGGCGUGUGGGAUUCCCUAAAAUGUGUCCGUCACUCUGUGCUCUACGGUCACGAGAACCGUAUCAGCUGCCUCCGAACGUCUCCAGACGGAACCGCCGUUUGCUCCGCCAGUUGGGAUUGUACAAUUCGAAUUUGGGCUUAA